ACAUCAGGGGAAAGCUUGAAGAAAAAUCUUUUUUUUUUUUAAUCUUAAUCCAGGACUUCAGAGGAAGAAAAGUUCACCCAACAAGAAGGCGCCUCCGUUUGGAACCAAACUUUCUUUGUAGUUCCUGUUUUGAAGUGCACAUUAGAAGAGGUGAAAGUUCAAAGAUCAAACAUUGCAGCUGUGUGUGAGAAUGUCGCUGAGGCUUCUUCUUCUCAUCACUGGAAUCACCUCAGCUACUGUUACAGCUCAAGAACCAUGGAGAAGAGACAACAAGGAGUCAAGCCCUUCUGUGUAUCACUCUGAUGACAAUUAUGAUUGGACCACAUGGUUCAAUGUUGAUCAUCCUGGAGGCCCCGGAGACUAUGAACAGCUUGAAGCCAUUCGCUUCUACUACCGUGCCCGAGUGUGUGAAACUCCCCGUGCUAUCGAGGCCAGAACCACUGAGUGGGUACCAGCCCGUGAAACUGGGGAGACGGUCCACGCAGACCCCACUAUUGGCUUCUGGUGCCUCAACGAGGAGCAGGGUCCUGAACGAAACUGCUCCAACUACGCAGUUCGCUUCCUAUGUCCCAAAGAUAACCCAGUGAGCAUGCAGGGUACCUGGGGUCACUGGUCAGAUUGGAGCCCAUGUCCUGCUCUCUGUGGUCAGGUGGGGGUCCAACUGCGUUCGAGAAACUGUCACUCUCAAUCUUUGCCUUGCACUGGGCCUAAAGUGGAAGGAAAAGAAUGCAAUGGACCUGAAUGUCCAAAAGCAGAUUGCUCUCUGCAGUGUGUGAUGGGAAGAGUGAAUGUUGACUGUGAUGCAUGCAUGUGUAAAGAACACAUCCUGCUUGGUUCUGUCCGUGGGGCCGGGGGUCUUACGGCUGAAGGGGCUACCAUCCUUCGCUCUGACAAACUCCUCACCCUUACUGACCACAACGGGCAUUUUCGCAUCCCUGGCAUCUGCCCUGAUGGGAACACCACCCUGACAGUCACCCUGCAGGGUCAUGCCCCUCAUAGUGUUGUCGUGCCACACAGUGCCGAACGUACCUCUGUCCUCACUGUGCAGCUGAAAAGAACAGAAAAGCUUCAUGUGCUAAGCAACCCUGAGGGCAAGGUCAGGCGAGAGGGACAAGCGACUGCCUUCUGCUGCAAAGUGGCAGGAACACCACAACCACACAAGUACCAAUGGUUUCAUAACAAUACUCUCAUGGAGAAACAAUUGGAGAGCACCCUAGUCCUAAAAGAUCUGCGUUCUGAGCAGACUGGAGAGUACUACUGCAGAGCAAUCAGUCAAUCUGGGGCUAUAAAGACCAAACCAGCUACACUCAAAGUCUUAGGUAAAGAUGAGCAUUCAUGUAAUCCCAAACCUGAGUCCCACCUAAUCAGGCUUCCACAUGACUGCUACCAAAACAGUACAGACUCUUUCUACUACAACGUUGGCAAGUGUCCUUCAGGUACAUGUGCUGGACAGCUGGACAAUGGUAUCAGGUGCAAAGACAAAGUGGCUUACUGCUGUGGUGUGCAAAAGAUGGAAGAGAGGCAGCUGACCUGCCAGGGCUAUAAACUGCCCACCAUGGUGGUGACCGAGUGUGGCUGCCAGAAAUGUGUUGAUACCAAGGCCAUAGUGCAUGGUAGGGCCAUUGCUGCAGACAAUGGUGAGCCAAUGAGGUUUGGACAUAUCUUUAUGAAUGGAGUCAGAAUCAGUCGCACAGGCUACAAAGGAACUUUCUCCAUCCAAGUUCCUCCAGACACAGCAAGGCUAGUCUUGACUUUUGUGGAUAACAUGCAGAAAUUUGUCAACACUACAAAGGUACUUCCAUUUAACACUAAAGGAGGGGCUGUUUACCAUGAGAUCAAACUUUUAAGAAAGAAAGCCCCUGUGACCAUCAGCUCUACAGAAACCAACACUCUGGACCUUGGGGAGGUAGAGGGCCAGGAAGCAAUUGUUCAAAUCCAGAUUCCCCCCAAUUCCUUCUACACUGAGAGAGGAGAAGUCUUCACGGGUAAAGUUAACGCUAGUGUGACUUUCCUCGACCCCAGAGACAUUUCUACAGCUGCUGCAGCUCAAAGUGAUCUCAACUAUGUAGGAGAUGAAGGAGAUACCCUGCCCCUGAGAACCUAUGGGAUGUUCUCAAUUGACUUCAGGGGCGAGGAAAACAAUGAGCCCCUGAACGCAGGCGAAGUGAAGGUGUUCCUGGAUUCUGCCCAGGUGCAAAUGUCAGAACAUCUCAAUACCAUGAAGCUGUGGUCACUAAACCCUGAUACAGGCCUGUGGGAGGACGAAGGAAGUCUGCAGUUGGAGAAGAAAAGAAGAGGCAAAAGAGAGGAGCGAACCUUUCUGAUUGGCAACAUGGAGAUCAGAGAAAGACGUCUUUUUAACUUAGAUGUCCCAGAGAACCGCAGGUGUUAUGUGAAAGUGAGAGCCUUCCGCAGUGAACGCUUUAUGCCCAGUGAGCAGGUGGAGGGGGUUGUUGUGAGUCUUAUAAACAUGGAGCCCACAGCUGGAUACUCAACUAACCCUCGUGCCUGGGGCCGUUUUGAUAGUGUCGUCACUGGCUCAAAUGGUGCCUGUCUUCCUGCCUUCUGUGAUGACCAAAAAGCAGAUGCCUACUCUGCCUACGUAAUGGCUAACCUUGGAGGAGAGGAGCUGGAGGCUGUCCCUUCUGCACCAAAACUUAAUCCAAACCUUGUUGGAGUGCCUCAGCCUUACUUGGGAAAGCUGAACUACAGGCGGACAGACCAUGAAGACCCCAGAGUGAAAAAGACAGCAUUCAGUAUCAAUGUGGCAAAACCGAUUCCUAACAUGGCAGAGGAAGGAAACGGACCAGUGUACUCAUUCGAGAACUUAAAAGAAUGUGAGGAGGCACCCUUCAGUGCUGCACACUUCCGCUUUUCAAGAGUAGAAGGGGACCGCUACGAUUACAACACUGUGCCGUUCAACGAAGAUGACCCAAUGAGUUGGACAGAGGACUACCUGAGCUGGUGGCCCAAACCCAUGGAAUAUCGGGCCUGCUACAUUAAGGUGAAAAUCAAUAGCCCACAUGAAAUCAAUGUGCGAUCACGCAACAUGGGUGGCACCCAUCCUAAGACGGUUGGCCAGCUGUAUGGUCUUAGGGACACUCGCAGCAUCCGGGACAUGGACCAGACAGGUGUAUCAGCAGUCUGCCUGGAGUUCAAGUGCAGUGGAAUGCUGUAUGACCAGGAACGUGUAGAUCGUACCCUGGUUAAGGUGAUACCACAAGGUAGCUGUAAGAGAGAUAAUGUCAAUUCAAUACUCCAGGAAUACCUGGUCAACCACCUGCCCCUAGCUGUUAACAAUGAUACCAAUGAGUUUACUAUGCUGGCACCUCUUGACCCUCUAGGCCAUAACUACGGAAUUUAUACGGUGACAGACCAGGAUCCCCGCACAGCCAAAGAGAUUGCACUUGGACGCUGUUUUGAUGGUACUUCUGAUGGUACGUCUCGUGUCAUGAAGAGCAAUGAUGGUGUAGCGCUUACAUUCACCUGUGGAGAUCGUGAAGUGACACGUCAAAGUGUCUUCCAGGCUCUGCAGAAUCCUCAAUCCUCAUCAGUAACAAGUGUUGUGCGAGGAGAAGGCAGACAGAACCGUCGUCGACAGAGGGCAAACGCACCUCGUAACAGUCGAAGGCGUAGCACCAGAAACCCUCUAGGAAAACGUAAGGCAUCUAGCUAAAUAUGAACAUAGCAAACCGUGGCUCCAAGUGGAGACCAAUUCAAAAUCUGCAAUGAGGAUGAGUGGAUGACUUUUACCUUAUUUUUUUAAACAUUACAUAUUGACUUUCGUCAAAUUAACUAAAUAUGUUAACAAAGCUAAGCCUAUUUCUUACUUCUCCCCAUGGAGCGUUUAUUGUUACUGUACUAUUUUCAUCUGUGGUAAAUAUUUACUUGAGUCUGUAAAUAGAGUAUUUAUUGCCCUUAAAAUCAGUUAUCAGUGAACAAGGUGCCAUGUUACUACAUUCAAGUUUUGUUUGAUGCUGUUGAAAAGAAUUGUAACACGUACAUCCUUUUGACCAGUGAUUUAUUAAAUUAGAUGCUUAUAAAACAGUGCAGAUGCUGUAUUUUCCACAUUGUAUGUUUCCAAUUGUCCAUGUAACAAUUAAACUGGUCAAA